AUGGUUGUGUUAUGUUAUUUGGAUGACUGUCUUUUCAUUGCUUCAUCAGUAGAGAUUUUACAGGCUCAGGUCAGCUAUGCCUUGCAUUUCUUUGAUUCCCUGGGUUUCACUGUCAAUGUGUGGAAGUCGGUUCUGGAGCCUACAAAGAAGGUUAUGUUCCUUGGUGUGGUGUUGGACUCUGUCGCCAUGACUACCACUUUAACAUCUCAUAGGAAGGAGCGCAUCAAGGAACAAGGCUUGCUGCUACUUAAGGGUAAUGUCACUUUACGGGACUUAUCAUCUUUUAUUGGUUUGACAGUGGCCUCUGCACCUGCAGUAGAGUUAGCUCCUCUCCGUUACAGGUAUCUGGAGUUGAUUCGAGACCAGGGUCUCGCCCGGUCCUGUGGUGAUUUUGACAAGUUUAUUUCUUUGGAUUGUCAUGCCCAACAUUUGGUCGCUUGGUGGGUGGCCAAUAUAGACUUUCAGGAGAAGUCUCUCCUCUCUUCUUCCCCAGAUUGUGAGUUGUUUACAGAUGCCUGUCUGACUGGUUGGGGCGCUUCAAUGGGACAUGUCACAACUGGAGGUCACUGGGCCCAGGAGGAGCUGGAUCAUAUAAACAUCCUAGAGUUGAAGACCAUUUUGUUGGGCUUGCAGUUCCUGUGUAGGAAUAGGUCUGGCUUCCAUAUUCAACUCCAUUCUGACAACACUACUGCAGUUGCUUGUAUAGAUCGUUGUGGCAGUACAAGACCUAAUCUUCAUGCCCUUACAGUGCAGAUUUAUGAGUGGGCUGCAUCUAGGAAUAUUACCCUGUCAGCACAGCAUAUACAGGGUUUGUACAAUGUGACAGCUGACAUGGAGUCCAGAGUUAGUAGGAUGGAUGAUGAGUGGAUGUUACAACCCGAUAUUUUUAACAGAAUUUGUCAGCUCUUUUAUACUCCAGUUAUCGAUCUUUUUGCCACUCGUUUAAAUGCUCAAUUGCCUGCCUAUGUCUCCUAG